AUGUGGGAUGGAAAUUUGCUGUUUGAAAAUGAAAUGGAACUUGAACGAGGGGUCAAAGUCACUGAUACAGCUAUGGGACCUCAUAUCGAGUUCUCAGAGGAGGAAAGGAGACGAUUAGAGCAAAAAUGGCAAAACACACUGAUCAUAAAACUGUUAGGGGGGAGGUUGGGUUUCAUGCAGAUGAAAAGGAAAGUUCAACAAAUGUGGGGGAAAGCAGGAAAUGUAGAAUUAAAUGUGAUCGGAAACGGAUACAUGUCAGCCACAUUUCAAGACUGGGAUGACUAUCAUUUCGCACUAGAAGGAGGACCAUGGAUUAUCCAGAAUCAUUAUCUAACGAUUCAGACUUGGAAAAGAAACUUCAACCCCUGGACAGAAAAGAUCAAAAGGAUAGCGGUGUGGGUCCGUCUCCCUGGACUACCUAGAGAUUACUAUGACAAAAAAUUCUUUUACCACCUUGGUAACAAGAUUGGGAAAGCCAUUAAAGUUGAUGAAAUGACACUCACAAGAGCAAGAACAAUGUAUGCCAGGAUGUGUGUUGAGAUAGACCUAAAUGCUCCCCUCCUGCCGGCAUACAUAGUAGAUGGGAAUCACCUCAAAAUUGAAUAUGAGGGUCUCCAAUUAAUCUGUUUUGCCUGUGGAAGAUUUGGGCAUGACAAGGAACAUUGUUUAACAAAGACACAGAAGGAACAUCAAGGAGAGAAGGAGCAGCGAACACCACAAGAGAAUACACAGCUCGUCGGCGAGGUAAGUCCGGCGAAGAACCCAGAAAAGGUGACAGAGGAAAAGUUUUGGGAGUGGAUGAUUGCACAGUAUCCGAGAAGGGGCAGGAAGGUAGCAGGUAGAGAAGGUAAAAGUACUGAGCAGCAGAAAAAAAAACUGUCAGAAGAGUAUCGGAAGAAGUGGAAAAAUCCUCAAGAUUCGCCGUUUUAG